CUACUGUGAUUAUGAUUUCAAAAACAGUAUUACUGUUUGUCUUUGGAGCGACCAUAGCGUCGGCCCAAUUCAUGCCAAGACUGCUGAGGCCCACACCCUACGAUAUGUCCCUAAUGCCAUAUCUGCGCUCAAAUGGCUGUCCCUCAGGCCCUGCUUUAGCGCCCGUCAUCUGCCAAUUCAUGCAGCCAAACCUAGGACUCUUCAAGCCACAACUAAUCAAGCCUUCAACUUACAUCCCACCGCUAAUCGUCGAGAAGUGCGACAAGCCUGAAUUGGAAAUCAAAUUUCCAGCACGUGAGCCUAUAGUAAUUCCAGAAGCGCCUAUACUGCCACCAAUCACGCUCCCGAAAUUCCCGGUACCUAUGAUCCCAGAGCCUAUACCGAUGCCUAUUGUGGAGCCCUGUGAGCCUGCUCCAAUCACGAUUUCGUCGGCUGUGAGCGUUCCUGUUGCGCCUGUAUUGCCGCCGCUAGCGAUGCCUGCUUUGCCUGAGAUUGUUGAAAAUCAUGGAGCUGAUAUAUCAGAGACGAUGGGGAAUGAAAUCGACUGUCCAGCUAUGCUGGUUCCAGAGGCCAUUCCUGGGUCAAUUAUUAAGCCUUUUACCAUCCCGCCAGCCCCUGUGCUCCCCCCAGCGCCUCUCCCCGAAAUUCCUUACCACGUAGAAAUCCCUGUACCGAUAGCGCCAUCGAUGAUCAUUGAAGAACCUUGCAUUACAGAUGUAGUACCUGAACCUGUGCGAUUCCCGAUUGUUCCUAUGCCACUACCAGAACCUGUGCCAAUGCCGAUCUUUCCUGUGCCUGAACCAACCAUAGUUGCUGAUCCUUGCGAGCCUGCACCAGUGGCGAAAUGGCCUAUCACGAAAGCGGCAAUACUGUUCCUGUUUGGAGCAACAUUAACAUCAGCUCGAUUUUUUCCUCGUAUGGACAUAGCCUUCAAGCCGUCUUUCAAAUCCAAUGGCUGCCCAUCAGGUCCCGAACUAGCCCCAAUAAUUUGCAAAUUUAUGCAGCCAACGCUCUCACAGUUCAAGCCAGAGCUUAUUGCGCCUACGACAUACAUCGCACCACUAGUAGUUGAAAAAUGUGAUAGACCGCAGUUGCAAAUAGAUGAACUGCCAGCAGCGAUUGAAGAAUUCAAACCUGUCGUGAUUCCUGAGCCGCCGGUGCUGCCGCCAAUGAUGAUCCCGAAGUUUCCCGUGCCCGUCAUCAUUGAGGAACCACCAGCAUCCGUUCCUGAACCUGGUGAAUGUGCAGACAUAGAUGUGAAACCUGAACCUGAAGAUAUUAUUGAAAUAAAUUCAAAUACUAUUGAAUUUGAACCUAUCUCGGUGCCACAGCCUCCCGAAUUACCCGUGUUUGUAAUGCCAGAGAUUCCCAUUCACGCAGCGAAGCCCGCCGCGCCGUGCCUAGAUGAGGCAAUUCCAGCACAGAUCCCUGCGUAUAUUGAGCCUCUAGCACCCCUGCCUGCCGCUCCAGAAUUGCCAGAUUUCGUAAUGCCAGAGCUUCCCACAAUUCAAGUGGCGGAACCAGCACCUUUUCCUGCUGCACCGUGCCUAGAAGAUGAGCCAAUUCCAGCGCCAAUCCCCACUUACAUUGAGCCAAUCGCACCUGUACCAGCCGCUCCAGAGUUACCAGCUUUCGUAAUGCCGGAACUCCCCGCAAUUCAAGUAGCAGAACCAGCACCUUUUCCUGCUGCACCGUGCCUAGAAGAUGAGUUAAUUCCAGCGCCAAUCCCCACUUACGUUGAGCCAAUCGCACCUGUACCAGCCGCUCCAGAGUUACCAACUUUCGUAAUGCCGGAACUCCCCGCAAUUCAAAUGGUAGAACAAGAAUUACCCAAGUUUGUUGCACCGUGCCUAGAAGAUGAGCCAAUUCAAGCGCCAAUCCCCGCUUACGUUGAACCACUGGUACCUGUACCUGCUGCCCCAGAAUUACCAGCUUUCGUAAUGCCACAGCUUCCCACAAUUCAAGCGGCAGAACCAGCACCUUUUCCUGCUGCACCGUGCCUAGAAGAUAAGCCAAUUCCAGCUCCAAUCCCCACUUACAUUGAGCCAAUCGCCACUGUACCAUCCGCUCCAGAGUUACCAACUUUCGUAAUGCCGGAACUCCCCGUAAUUCAAAUGGUAGAUUUAGAAUUACCAAAGUCUGCUGCACCGUGGCUAGAAGAUGAGCCAAUUCCAGCGACAAUCCCCGCUUACGUUGAACCACUGUUACCUGUACCUGCUGCCCCAGAAUUACCAGAUUUCGUGAUGCCAGAGCUUCCCACAAUUCAAGCGGCAGAACCAGCACCUUUUCCUGCUGCACCGUGCCUAGAAGAUGAGCCAAUUCCAGCUCCAAUCCCCACUUACGUUGAGCCAAUCGCACCUGUGCCAGCCGCUCCAGAGUUACCAACUUUCGUAAUGCCGGAACUCCCUGCAAUUCAAAUGGUAGAUUUAGAAUUACCCAAGUCUGUUGCACCGUGCCUAGAAGAUGAGCCAAUUCAAGCGCCAGUUCCCGCUUACGUUGAACCACUGGUACCUGUACCUGCUGCCCCAGAAUUACCAGCUUUCGUAAUGCCAGAGCUUCCCACAAUUCAAGUGGCAGAACCAGCACCUUUUCCUGCUGCACCGUGCCUAGAAGAUGAGCCAAUUCCAGCGCCAAUCCCCACUUACGUUGAGCCAAUCGCACCGGUGCCAGCCGCUCCAGAGUUACCAGCUUUCGUAAUGCCGGAACUCCCCGCAAUUCAAAUGGCAGAACUAGAAUUACCCAAGUCUGUUGCACCGUGCCUAGAAGAUGAGCCAAUUCCAGCGCCGAUCCCCGCUUACGUUGAACCACUGGUACCUGUACCUGCUGCCCCAGAAUUACCAGCUUUUAUAAUGCCAGAGCUUCCCACAAUUCAAGCGGCAGAACCAGCACCUUUUCCUGCUGCACCGUGCCUAGAAGAUGAGCCAAUUCCAGCUCCAAUCACCACUUACGUUGAGCCAAUCGCACCUGUGCCAGCCGCUCCAGAGUUACCAACUUUCGUAAUGCCGGAACUCCCUGCAAUUCAAAUGGUAGAUUUAGAAUUACCCAAGUCUGUUGCACCGUGCCUAGAAGAUGAGCCAAUUCCGGCGCCAAUCCCCGCUUACGUUGAACCACUGGUACCUGUACCUGCUGCCCCAGAAUUACCAGCUUUCGUAAUGCCAGAGCUUCCCACAGUUCAAGUGGCAGAACCAGCACCUUUUCCUGCUGCACCGUGCCUAGAAGAUGAGCCAAUUCCAGCGCCAAUCCCCACUUACGUUGAGCCAAUUGCACCGAUGCCAGCCGCUCCAGAGUUACCAGCUUUCGUAAUGCCGGAACUCCCCGCAAUUCAAAUGGCAGAACUAGAAUUACCCAAGUCUGUUGCACCGUGCCUAGAAGAUGAGCCAAUUCCAGCGCCGAUCCCCGCUUACGUUGAACCACUGGUACCUGUACCUGCUGCCCCAGAAUUACCAGCUUUCAUAAUGCCAGAGCUUCCCACAAUUCAAGCGGCAGAACCAGCACCUUUUCCUGCUGCACCGUGCCUAGAAGAUGAGCAAAUUCCAGCUCCAAUCCCCACUUACGUUGAGCCAAUCGCACCUGUGCCAGCCGCUCCAGAGUUACCAACUUUCGUAAUGCCGGAACUCCCCGCAAUUCAAAUGGUAGAUUUAGAAUUACCCAAGUCUGUUGCACCGUGCCUAGAAGAUGAGCCAAUUCCAGCGCCAAUCCCCGCUUACGUUGAACCACUGGUACCUGUACCUGCUGCCCCAGAAUUACCAGCAUUGCCGAAGAUAAAAAUGCCAGAACUUCCUAUCAAAGUGGCAUUUGAGGAGCCAUGUGCACCAGCCGUUAUGCCUCACCCGUUUUACCAAAAACUCUUCCCGAACUAUGUUACAAGUUAUAAUACCCAACCAAUUGGAUCUACGCCGUGCGUGUUUUCAGAUAAUUUUAGACCUAUGGAGAAUAUCGAAAUCAAACCUACAUCAUUUUUGCCGUGUUCAUAG